UUUUCCAGCGUUGUUUGGCGGCUGUAUGCGUGGUAAGGGCGCACCGUAUCAUUCGGAAAGUGUUUGCACAGCCAAGGUCAAUUCGUGCUGGGUCCAAAUUGUUUAACUUAUCGAGGACCAUUUUACAUUCUGCGGCCAUGUUUUAAAUGAUCGAUGACAUCAAUCGCUUUGGAAGCAGAAGCCAGCCCCGUUCGUCCGCCUCCAAUCAGAUGAUAGCAGGGACGAGCUAGGAGACUGUUAUUGUUUUACUGGGCUGGAUCAAAGUUGUGUAGAGUGGAGGGUUGCUUCGAAGGCAGGUGAACGCGCAGAAGACUUUAACGCGCAUACACUUGGGCAAUCUUUUUAUUUGCAAAGCUCGCCUUAAAAGCGUUUUUCUUUGCUCGACCAAUAUGGUGACCCUCUCAUCAAUAAUACGACCAGUCGGUCGGCUGCUCCAUCGACAGCUAUCCAGACAAGGCAAGGGUCAGCGGCUGGUCCCAGUGAGAAGAUGUAACCUCACCGCAUGCUCCAGCAAAUAUGUGCUUUCACACAUGCAUCCAAUGUGGCAGGAGCCCUUGGCCAUCCCAGGAGGUGACCGCCAGUCCCCUAUUGACAUUGUGGUUCGGAAGAGCCUGUUUGACCCCCAUCUGAAGCCCCUGGUCCCCGCGUACGACCCCCAGACCUGCCAGCAGAUCUGGAACAACGGAUACUCCUUCCUGGUGGAGUACGACGACACCACAGACAAGUCCACAUUGAAAGGGGGCCCCCUGGAAGACCAGUUCCGCCUCUGUCAGUUCCACUUCCACUGGGGCGAGAGCAACGCCUGGGGCUCCGAGCACACGGUGGACAGGAAGCUGUUCCCGGCGGAGCUCCACAUCGUCCACUGGAACACGGAGAAGUAUGACCUGUUUGAAGAGGCUGUCAUGGAGGAGAACGGGCUGGCUGUUAUCGGCGUCUUCCUCAAGAUCGGAAAGAGACACGAAGGACUGCAGAAACUAGUCGACGCUCUGCCCGCUGUCAGACACAAGGACAGCACGGUGGAUUUUGAACGGUUCGACCCGGCCUGUCUGCUGCCUAGCAACAUCAACGACUACUGGACCUAUCACGGCUCCCUGACCACGCCCCCUCUGACGGAGGCCGUCACCUGGAUCGUCAUGAAGCAGCACAUCGAAGUCAGCCACGACCAGCUGGCGGUGUUCCGGAGCCUUCUGUUUACGUCUGCUGAGGAGGAGGUGCAGAAAGGCAUGGUCAACAACUUCCGCGUGCAGCAGCCUCUGCGAGGCCGACCAAUCCGCUCCUCCUUCUCCCCCUUCCUGACCGGGGAUGAGCCCGCCCUCUGACCUGGAAGAGCCCGCCCUCUGACCUGGAAGAGCCCGCCCUCUGACCUGGAAGAGCCCGCCCUCUGACCUGGAAGACCCCGCCCUCUGACCUGGAAGAGCCCGCCCUCUGACAGGCUGCGCUCACCCAAACAGUCACCCAGAGAAGCCCCCCCCCCCCCCAUUCACACAGACACUCUAUGAUGCUACACUUUGACAGACUUCCGGACAGAUCUUUGGCCAAUGCAAACUGAUACACACACACACACACACACACACACACACACACACACACACACACACACACACACACACACACACACACACACACACACACACACACACACCACUGUACAAGUGCCGUUGUCUUCGUCCCGUGAUAGACCAUGGCCACAGCCCUGAGAGGAGAGGAAGCAGCAGUGAUGCGUUGGAGGCUGGAUCCGGUUGGAGACUUUGAAUCUCGGUAGCAAGGUCAUAUUUGAGACCGCUGUAGUGAAGAGGGUUUUAAGGAUCUAGGGUUUUAUUGUUUUCUGCUGGUUUUAAAAAUAUAUACGAGUAUAAAUGCAGACUCUCAUAGUCUGUAGAGCACAUGAACUCAAAAAAUAACAUAUAUAUAUAUAUGUUUUUUGCAUAUGUAUAAGUUUUGUUUUCCCUUACUAAUCAAAGAAUAGCUGGGUGUUUUUAAUGUGGGUAAAAUCGAUUCUUAAAGCAUUCUAGGUUGUAUGCCUCCAGGUAUGAUAGGAGACUGAUAAAUUCAUUUGAUUUGCAAGAUUUGUUUUUAAACAGGAACCGGAUAGCGCCAUCUGCUGGUCACAGUCACCACUGCAGGUUGCGUCCUAAAUUCGGGAAUGUGAUUCUAAAACAUUGAUGAAAGCAAUUUCAUGCUGCUACCUGUUAAUUAUACAAUGCCCAAGAGAUUUUAAACUGAUAAACUGAUAGGAAAGUUUGGGUUUUCCUAUAGAGAUAGUUAUACUGACGUUUUAAAAACAGCAUUUAAGCAAUUGUAAUGGUUGUUUCGUUGUGUGAUCUUUUUAUUUUUUUAUUUGUCGUGUAGUGCUUGUUUUGAAUUAUAGAAUGUUCUCAUUUUAAUUUUUAAGCUGUUACAAAGAGAUUUUAGGAAUGUCUACAUAUUCCUCUUUGAGGAUAUCUUUCUGGAGUAUGUGUUUGUGUGUCUGCAUUAAACCAGAUGGGUUAUGUUAACCAUGUUACUAUGCACACAAGCACGUGAGGUUAAUGUAACACCGUCAAAGCCUGACCGCGGUUUGGAGGAUAGAAGGGAACCAGUUUAUAUCAUGAUGUGUGUUCAGAAUGUCGCUGAUUGUACAAUUUACAAUGUUUUCCUGUGUGACUUACACUGUGCAAGGCUCAACAAAACAUAUCUGCAUUAAGAAGCAUUACCCCCACCCCCAUGCAUACACACACACAGACCCCCAGUGAAGGAGGUCAUAAAAGUAAUAAUAAAAGUGAUGGCACUGUUUUUGCAUCACGCCAUGGGUAAUUUUCAGGUAUUGCUAGGAUAUUUCUGCAAUAAAAGUUUUGCAGCAUGCUAUCUGACUUCUACAGCCAAGCCUUCAGCCUCUGGAGUACUUAACCCAGUAGCAAUGCUCUGGCCACAGCCCAGAGUUUGACGUUUGAAACUAGCUUUGAUAAUGCAGAGAUGCUGUUGAAACCUGGCUGGCACCCAACCUACUGCUGUCCAGGUUACUGGAACACGGCCUUUAACAAGAGGAACAUGGCCAAUCUUAACGUAUGAUACUCGCUUCCUUUUCCGCCACCCUUUUCUCUCUCCUCUGCACUGUUGCCCAACAGGGGUGUUGUGUGGUCAUUUUUUCUGUUUUGUCGUUUGUUUGUGUCGUGGUUAACGGUGUACAGAUGAAAAUGGGUGAUGUUUGACCAUGACCACUUGCCACCCAACAGAUAGAGAACUAUGUUACUCUCACUUGCAGUGGAUGACGGUUCAACUGUAAUGAACACAACCUUUCUUUUCUAGUGCGGCUUGGUCUUCGAUAUAAUCAAACAAACGACCAGGUACAACCCUGGUCACGUUCUAUGCAGCUUAUUUGUUUCCCGGGGGUCUUUUAGAGGGGUCUGUCCGGCCCUGAGGCGUAGAGAGGCAGCAGCGUUCUGUUCGUUGAUCUCAAGCUUCAGCAGAGGGGAAGGGGGGGGCGGCCACUAGUCUAACAAUAACGCCAAGCCCUGGGCCCCCUUGUGUAAUACUGCAUCUCCAUAUAAAAAGAGGAACCUCUCAAGCCUGUGUGGUCAUGCUUGACAGAUAGAACGGAGGGACCCAGGGCUAACGGGGGUUCAAUGCUGACGCUUUGGAAGGGCGGGGACAUUCUGGAGGGGCCCUGUAGGGGGCUGUUCUGGGUUCGGUUUGGCACUAACAUUUGUGUCGAAUGGGCCUCUACUAUUAAUGUUUACAAUAUCCAAUAGUCACGUUGAUAUAAAACAAUACACUUACAGAGACUAUUGCACCCGUACUUUUCAUGGGUCGUUUCCGCAAUCCUACAUAACCAUUAACUGCCUUAACAUUUAAAAUGUUUUUUCUUCCAUUUCUUUCUUCUCUAUGCAUCAGAGGUGUAAGUCUCUUUUUAAAACCUCCGUUAGAACUGACGUUGGCCAGUUGUUAUUUCACCGACGUUGGCCAUUUGUUAUUUCACUGACGUUUUCUUUUUGGAUAACUUGUUUUCCAGCCGUCCCUCCGGCUCUGGGUGUGUCCCCUCUCAUGGCCAUUGACAUGCGUUGGUGUGUGUAUACAGUGCACCUGUUCUGUGCGUAGUACAAAUGUUGUGUAUUUGUUCAUUGGGCAGCCUCCAUUCCUACCCCACAGGGUUCUAAGGACCCCCCCCCCCCUCCCCAGAGGCCCCCGCUGCACCUGGGCCCCUUCUGAUUGGCUGGCCCCAGCUGUACGUCCAGAUGUGUCCAGCUGGCCUACGGAGCGUAUUUUGAACGUUCGUCGUUCACUGAGGAACUUGGAACAGUGACUCGGUGAAAGAUGUUGUGCUCAUGCUAUGUACAGUUUAAAGUUACAGAAAAAUAAAGGUAUCAUUGAUUCAAA